AUGGGCAACAAACUGUCCUACGCCUACCGCCAGCUGCACAAGCCCGCCUCAUCUUGGAGACGCAUCCGUCUACGGCGCCUACUCACCGCCAUCUGCGCGACAGUCUUCGUCGCGAUCCCCCUCGCCUUCUACCUCCAUCCCAAGACGCGUCACCUCCCCGUGGGCUACCUGCAAAAGUUCACCGGCACUGCCCUCCUCGGCGGUCCCCCAGACUGGUGGGAGCUGGACAAGUGGGAGGAUGCGCUACCGCAACACAACUUCUCCCUCCCGCCGCCCGAGGGCUACAACGGGCGCUACGUCCGCUUCACGAACCAGAUCGCUUCCCUCGGCUGGAAUAACGUCCUCAACGAAAUCCUCAUGAACGCCCAUCUGUCCUACGAAUCCAAUCGCUCGUACGUUUUCCAGGACUAUGUCUGGAAGACGAGCUACUACCCGUGGCCUUACGCUCAGGCACGCGAAUGGCCUCCCCACACACCAUUGAACGCCCUCAUAUCCGGCCCCGCCGCUGGCGCACCUUGGCCAGCAGGCGAUCCUGCUCCCCGCGCCGUCAAUGAUCACUACUGGGAUCGCGUCUGCCCACCACAUCGCAGGCGGAGAAUACACACCCAGGACGUCAAGGAGCCCAUCCGCUGGGAAAACGGCACGGUCAUCUUCGAAACGUGGAAAAAGCUGUUGCUUGACGCACCCGAGCACUGUAUCGAGAUCAUUCCCGCACCCCUCGAGGUUGACGCCGUGCCUCAGACGUUUGACCUCUGGCUCUGGGGCAGCGAGCGCAUCCUGUCGUUAUGGGACCGCUUCUCGAAGGGACCCGUUUCGCAGCUCCUUCGCACGUCUCCCGUGGUCGAAGGCGGUGUAGCGCGGAACGAGCACCUCUUCCGCGUCGACAACAGCACCGCAUAUGCGGACCCCUACUCGCGCAUGCUCGCCAUUCAUAUCCGCCGCGGCGACUUCAAGCAGGCCUGCCUUGACCUCGCGACAUGGAACAGCACGUUCUACUCGUGGAACCUCCUUCCUUUCCUUCCUGAUUCCUUUAUUCCGCCAGAUCCCCAAGGAGCGAAGUGGGGGUGGAACACGGAGGAGAAUAAGGCGUACUAUCUGCAGCGCUGCCUGCCGAGCUUCGAUGCGAUUGUCGAGAAAGUGCAGACGUCUCGGCGAGACUACGUGAACGCCGGGCGCGAGCUGGGGCACACAAGGACACUCGACGUGAUGUACAUCUUGACGAACGACCGAAGUUCGUACGUGGACGACCUCAAGAAGGCGUUGAAGGCCGUGGGGUGGAAAAAGAUCGUCACCACGGCGGAUCUGGAGUACAAUGCGGAGCAGAUGGAUGUGAACAUGGCGAUCGACAUGGAUAUUGCGAGAAGAGCAGCGGUCUUCAUCGGGAACGGGUGGUCUUCCUUCACCAGCAAUAUCGUCCACCGACGACUCGUGGACGGCAAGGAGCCGAUCAGCAUUCGAUUUUACUGA